CCAUUUGCUCCUGCUUUGUUUUUCCUAAAAUGGCACAAACACUAUUUUUUCUGCUUUAAAUUAAUUACCAUGAAAAUGCUACAUUUGACUACAACUUGUUUUAGGUUGCCAUGUUAAACAGAAAAAAAAGAAAAGCAUCGUCUGAUCUGCUCUGGGAAUGAUAAAAAGCGUUAUCACAGAAGAUGCUGCUCCUCUUUUUCAGCCAAACGGCCAAUUCAGAUUAUUCAUUCUCCUUCUGGCUGGUGGGUGUGAACACAAAUAGGUCAUAUCCAGCCCCUCCCUGCCUUUACAGCGUAGGCAGCAACAGCAGCAGAGACGACAUGAAGUGGUGAGAGGGAGUAAUGCCAAGCAGCCUGGAGCAGCCUUUCAGCGAGCGCACACAUCUGAAAACGCUGCCUCCCUUUCGUCUUCCUCCUCCCCCGCCGUUUGCACCAUUCUCACACAGCCGAGCAGCGACAGAGCGUGAGGGGCCGCUAAAUGAAACGGGCGAGGGGAAGAUGAUGAAAACAGGACGGAGAUGGUACCCAGACAUGCAAAGAGAGGGGGGAGGACAUGAGCAUCUGCAUGGAAAUGAGGAGGAGAGACUAAAGCAGGAGAGCAUGGCUGGCGCAUUAUUCAGACAUGACGGAAACCAAACCUCUGCAGCUGGGAUUUACGCAGUAAGGGACUGAGCGUGGCAAAAGGACUAGGGAUCGCAGCCAACUGCCAGCUACAGACCCCGUUUCUUUUUUGGGCUAAAGAAAACAGCUCAACGACGAUGUAAGAAUCCAAUCUCAAAGGCCGGUGCACCAAAGACAGUUUCAGACUGUUGCUUUGGAAAUAUUGAUGCACAACGACAGCGCACAAGAGCCGGUUGCAGAAAGCUAAAAUUGGACCAAACACAGACGCCUGUCAAGAUUGAUGAAAAGCAUUCUUCUUCAAGGAGGGGAAGUGAAAAAAUAAGAUGUGCGACACGCUGCAGAGAAAGCAAAGGAGGAAAUGAGCCAUCGCUCCAUUGCACCAUGUGUACGCAAUCCAGCCAAGAAGGAGCAACCACAGAGACGGUUCGGACAACAUAACCCUCAGACAAGAUGGAUACAAGGCCGGCCUCAAAAUUGAAAUGGGUGACUCCUGGACAUCAGAGACGAUAUUUACAACUUAUAAAUGAUAUAAAAAGAAAUGAGACAUGCUCCUUUUACCAACUCUCUACUUAACUGAGGAAUGCUUCCAGCAGAUGGUGAAGACCUUCCUUUCAGUGGGCAAAAUUGAAUAAACUGGCAGAACCAUGCAGUGGCGACGUCGACGUUGCUGCACACACACAGCUAAGCUUCUGUAUCUCCUGUCUCUGUUGGGCGUUCUCAUUUUUUUGGUCCAUCAAGUAUGGCUGCCUAAGCUCACUGGUACGUCGAUGAAGCGAGGCUUCCCAGUGGUGUUUAGGGCUGGGGGGCUUCAUGCGGCCAAAUGGAACUUAAGCUCUCAACACUCAGUUUGGAGGUUCCUUCUUAUUCCAGAGCUCCGUUUCAGAGCUGAUGCCAAUUUCAGCUCCCACGAAAAGUUGGGCGUUUCUUCAUCUGAAGGCAACUCGCAUUCUACAAACCCACAGACGGAGCACGUGAGCCAAAGAAAACAGGACGCUAAUGGUACCCAAACACACAGACCUUUCCCAUAUAUCAUCAACGAGCCAGACAAAUGUACAGAGAACAGACCUGCUCCAUUUCUCGUGUUCCUGAUUGCAACUGAGGCUCGUCAGGUGGAGGCAAGGAACGCUAUCCGGCAGACUUGGGGGAAUACGAGUCUAGCUCCAGGUCUGUCUCUAAUUCGUCUUUUUCUUCUUGGGAAAACAGAGGGAGAACUAGGGCUUCUUCAGCAAAAGAUGCUACAAGCAGAAAGCCAGAGGCAUCGUGACAUCAUCCAACAGGAUUUCUUGGAUUCCUAUAAAAACCUUACUAUAAAGACACUGAUGGGGAUGAACUGGGUAGCAGUGCACUGCCAACAAGCAAGUUAUGUCAUGAAAACAGACAGUGAUAUGUUCGUCAACACAGAGUACCUUAUUUAUAAGCUGCUCAAGCCCGAACUGAAGCCCAAAACUAACUACUUCACAGGCAACAAUAUGAGGGGCUUUGCACCCAACCGGAAUAAAAACAGCAAGUGGUACAUGUCCCCGGAGCAGUACCCGGACGAAAAGUAUCCCACCUUUUGCUCUGGAACGGGCUAUGUAUUUUCUGGAGACAUGGCCGGAAAAAUCUACCAGACUUCCUUAAGCACCCCCCACCUGCACCUGGAGGACGUGUAUGUGGGAAUAUGCCUGGCCAAGCUCCGAAUCGAGCCCACGCCGCCGCCCAACGGGUUCCUGUUCAACCACUGGCGCGUCGCUUACUCCAGCUGCAAGUACAGCCAUCUGAUAACGUCGCAUGGGUUCAGUCCCAAUGAAAUACUGAAAUACUGGCAUCAUCUUCAAGGCAACAAACGCAACGCCUGCAUCAACAUGCUUAAAGGGAGAGCAGGGAGGGCGCACUAGCAGGAACAUUUUAUGUCCGUCUGUCGUUUGAUGCAAAAAGUAACUCUCUAUUUAAAAACGAACUGAUUUUAACAACUUAACAUAAUUCUGUUUCAAUUAAGGCAGUCUGUGACUUUUUAAAAAUAAAGUUCAAUCAACUGAGACUGGAACUGUUUC